AUGUUCUCCGGUAACUCGUUCGGGGCAUUGGCUAUGGAGUCGGAUGACUCAGCAGGGCCUAGCUUUACGCAGCUGGAAGGAGACGAAGUUGACGUCGAUUACCUCAAGUUGGUCAAGACCAACCACGAUGUCAAUCUCAGAGUGUCGGACAAGGUGGACCUGAAUGGGCUGCCUCAACACACAAAUUUGAUUGCCGUAUCGAAUGGACUAGGAUUGCUGAUAGUCGGCAGCAACUCCGAUGUGAAGAUACAUCGUCUGCAGGAUGUGCACAAAGAGCUGGAAGGGGCGGCCAAGGAUGCGAGCCCUGUGUGUGAGCCUUUGGUCACACUGUCAUUACAUGCCAGACCUGUAUGGAUCAGAUUGGCCAUGGACGAGACAAGGCUAGUGGUAGCCACCGCCGAUGGGUCUGGGCUGUUUCUCUGGCGGCUAAUGGAUGCUGUGAAUGGUAACACGAAUCCAUAUCACAUUUUUACCUCAAACAUACCCUCACUCCUUUCAGACGUUAUCCCAAAUCCUUCCCCUCCUGCGGCAAAUGAGGCCCUCUCGCAUUACGUUCUCCUCUUGACCGACCAAGGCUUUGUGAUAAUAGAUAUCGAAGCCUGCCAGAUGUCCGCUCCUCUACCCGGACAAUUCACUUGCGCAAGCUGGUCCGUCAAAGGCAAACAAAUGGUCUGCGGGACAACAUCAGGCACUCUAGUUCAGUACACUCCUGAAGGCGUCGAGAAAGCUGCCAUUCCCUCUCCACCCGAUCUUGAUCCUUCAUUCCGUCCGACUUUCGUUCACUGGCUCGAGACCGACCUCUUCCUCGUUUGCUAUGCAUCCUCCGGUGCUUUACCCGACGACCCUCUCGAAUUAUUCAUCAUACACCGUCAGAAAUCGAACUUCACAUACACCAAAUUUUUCGAUCCUCUGAACUCGAUGGGUGUGCCAGGGCGGUCUGGCGCACAUCGACAUUUUGUCUCAUUAUCUAGUUGGGGAGAUAAAACCCGACAUCUGUCAUUUAUGAUGUCCGGUUUGGCUUCUGAAAUCGCUGUCAUGCGUGGAGAAUACGCUGCAGAGAAGGAACCUCCAAAAUGGGAAGUGUUGAUUCUUGAGGAAACAGCCAGAGGUAUCAUGCCCGCUGCAAAGGAAGGUUUGACAGAGGACACUUCAUGUCUUGGGCUGGCACUGGAUCUGACCAGUCAGAAGGUCGUCCGGAGGGGUGUAGUGGCGGGCGAAGAUAAGCCAGAUCUAUCUCCUGUACCAAGACUGUUGGCGUAUAGUCAAGAAGGCUUCAUUGUGUCCUUCGACAUACAAUUCGAUGACGUUCCUCAAUAUCCAGGCAUGAUCACAUCUCAAGCCAUCGCAUCCUCUUCAUCUUUCGAUACCGCAUCGAUGACGCAAAUGACCUCAGCUCCAUCUCCAAUGCCGCCGACAGAAGUCAAAUCCACAUUCGGAUUUAGUGGAUUUGGCAGCGGUUCGUCUGCUUUUGGUUCUCCCGCGACACCUACGCGGUCCCCUCAACCAGCCAGUACUACACCCACAGCUUUUGGUCAAACCUCAACAACGACGCCAUUCGGUACACCGACCAAGCCUGUGGCCUUUGGGGCGUCAAGUUUUGGGCAGCCUGCUACUGCUACGUCAACUACUGCAACAGCUUCAGCAUUUGGCACGCCUUCCAAUCCUACUGCAUUCGCUACAACAACACCCUCAGCGUUCGGAACAUCUUCAAAACUAACUGCGUUCGCAUCUCCGGCUUUUGGCCAAUCCACUUCUCCCGCCUUUGGACAGACUUCAUUUGGACAAAGCACAACCCCCGCAACUUUUGGUAAAUCAGCCUUUGGUUCAUCAGCUCCGUCCGUCACACCAUCAGCCUUCGGUCAGUCCUCCACUCCCGUAGCCUUUGGCGCGCCAGCGUUUGGAUCACCGAAGACAUCAGCCUCAACACCUUCGGCGUCUGGUCAACCUUCUCAACUAUCUGUCUCCCCUUCUCCCGCCUUUGGCACCCCUGCAUCAACUUCACUAGGCUUUGGGGCUUUCGGUAGUCCAAAGCCAAGCGCCUCAAGUGCUCCCGCAUUCGGUUUUGGUACCUCAGCUUUCGGUUCCAGUACGGCAGGAACAAGCAAACCGACCGUCACUCCUUUUGGCACCGGCGGGUCUUUAGGUACCACCAGUGCCUUCGGCUCCAACAGUGCAUUCGGUGUCAAACCACCUGAUCCGCCCUCUGAACCGCCGAAACCUUCAUUCAGUGGAUUUGGCGCUCAACCUACUCCUGCAGACGACCCCGAUUCCCCGCCUGUACAAGGUACAUUCGGUCUGGGAGGGUUUGGUAGUGCACUAGAAACCUCCUCCGUUGUUCCUGGGCUGGAAGAUUCUCCACCAACUUCACCUUUAGGCGGUCGAAGUAAACCCAGUGGACUAGAUGACUCUCCCCCACCUUCACCUCCACUCCAACCUGUCAAAUCAUCAGGAUCGUCGGUAACUGCAUCCUUCAUCAAACCCAGUACGGCAUUCGCAACACCUAGCAGCUUUGGCGUGUUUGGCCAGCUAGCACAAGCCAAACCUGCUUUUUCAACUUCCGCUACACCCGCAGCUUUCUCCGCACCACCUGUCACCACUACAGUCAGUCCGUCGAGUGGUGCGCCAGCAUUUGGCCAAUCAUCAACCAUCCGAGCGCCCAGCACCGCGUCAGCUUUUGGGUCCAGCGGCUUCGGUCAGAGUUCAGUACCCAAAGCUAGUGCGUUUGGUCAGGCACCUUCAAGUGGUGGAUCUGGGAAUGUCGCGGGCGGGUUCAGUGCGUUCUCAGCCAAAACGAUGGGAACUAGCGAGACAAGUUCUGCGACAGGUGGAUUUGGUGGGUUUGCCGCGAAGAGUGGAGGAGCAAGUGCUUUUGGUAAUGUCACAACAGGCGGAUCAUUUGCGUCUCUCUGGUGGGAAAACGGAGGAGAAGAUGGCAAAGGACAUGAUCCCUGUUGGGGAACCAAGCCGAGUACACCGGUGUUUUCUUUCAAGACACCUGAAGCUGAAACCAAAGUUGAAAACCUAACGACACCGUUGUUCUCAUUCAAGACUGCGAAGUCGAGCGACCCUCCGAGUCAACCGAGUCUAUUCACUUCUCCGGUCAUUUCUACUGCCUCCUCCCCAGAACCUGGUACUCACAUCCCUCCGUCGUCGCAUCCGGCCCCUGAAGGAACAGUGACGUCUCCCGCAGUCUCCCCCACCCCCGAGAACAAGACUGAAGACUCUUUCCCCAUCGUCGGAUCUGCAGCCCAGGCUGGUCCACAAUCAGAUAAGCUCACUGUUCCCGCAUUCUCGUUCAAGCCAUCCCAGGAAGGACAGACUACGUUUCCCUCUCCGUUCAAAACAUUACCACCUACCACCCCCCUGUUUCCCUCCGGACCAUCCUCCACGUCUACUGAACCCACUUCUUCGCCUAUACCACGAGUCGAAACACCAGAAAUCCCUAAUAUGACCUCGCCACCUAUCGAAGUUAUCGAGACGCCCGAUGGCGCCGCCACCUUCUCCGACCCGCUGAUCAUUGAGGCGACUGCCGAGUCUAGCGACUUCGAAGGGAGUGACGAAACUGAGGAUCAAGAUCGAGAAGUGGACGAGAUCAGUGAAGGGCAAUCUGAACAUGUCGAAGAAUUCAGCGAAGGGGAAGCUAGUGAGGAGGAGGAUGAAGAUCACGGCUACGCUACAGAGGAUUACGAAGAGGAGACCGAAGGCGACGAAGGCGUCCCUCCUCCUGACUUAUCUACGCCCAUCGAAAGUCCUCUGAAACAUCCUGAACCGGUCCGACUGCCAACCAGUUUCUUCGGUAGCAACCAAACUUCCCAGUCAUCUCAGCCUUCUCUUUUUUCUCGCUUGAGUCCCGCUCCCUCGUCCGAAGAACAUAGAUCUACACCAGAGGCUGACCCUCCUCUCUUCUCCCUUCCUACAUCUCACACCACUUCUUCCUCGACACCCCCGUCAACACAGGUCAAAUCAGAAACUCCAGCUUCAUCAACUAAGCCCUCGCUUUUCUCUGGAUUCCCAGGGUUUGGUACUGCAGCAUCAGCAUCAACAUCACCAGCUCCCUCCACUUCGACGCCCCUUAGCUCCAAGCCAUCCUUUGUGUUCAAACAUGCUACCAGGACGAGUUCACCCCUGGGAACUCACCCUCCCCAAUCGGCUAGUGAUGUGAACUUGUCUCCUGAGAAACCGGCGCCUUUUGGGGGAUUAGGCUUAGGAAAGCCUCCCGCCAAACCUGUAUUUACUCCUCUUGCCCCACCGUCCACAUCCUCUCUCGACAAACCAGUCACUUCUGUUUUCUCCCCAAAGCCAUCCUCCCCUGCCACAACAUUCACUGCUCAGACACCUACCAAACAAUCAUCCAGUUUAGCAAAGUCCGGUGCUAUCACUCCGACCGCUCCAUCUCAGUCGAGGACUGACGACCGGGAAGUGGUGACUUUCAAAACCCCUCCCAGACCCAAGAUUCCAGCCAGUGUAGAUCAACCGCCUCCAAAAACGGAAUCAUUAGCGACCUUGCUCGACUUUCUCAUAACAGAUCUCCAAGCAGGGCUUAACAAGUUGCGACAUAGUCUUGAAAGUAGAGACAAGUACCACAAGUCUUUAUCAGGACCGUCUAUAGGACCUUUGACCCUCGACACAAUAGCUAAUUACGAAGAACUGCCAUUCUCGUCUUUGGAUCAGGUCAAGGAUGUGGUAGAACAGCUCAGUGAGAGGUUGGAGACGUUGAGGAAUGAAGAAGGUGAUGUUAGUGUUGAGUUGGGACUGUUACAAGCUGGUAUGCUUAGAUCGGACAUGCGUGUUGGCCAAGCGGAGAAGUUCCUUAAGGCAAGGCAGGACCCCGCUUUUGCAUCGGCCAUGCAAGUCCGGGAACUCAACCCUCAGCAAUCAGAAGCUCAAAUCCGAGUCCGUAAAUCUGUACAGAAUGCGGAACAUCGUUUGGAUGAAUUGGAGAGUUUGAUAGCUGGAUUGAAAAGGAAAGACCGACAUUCGAUAAGUACACCAGCUCUUGAAAGAGUCCAACGAAGCGUACGUAACGUGGACGCAGCCAUACGUUCUCGACAAGAAACCAUUGAAGAUCUGUCUCACCGUAUAUCUUCCAUGCGUCUCAAUACUCCCACUCGACAUUUCGGUACCCGUUCCAGUCCUUCCCCCUUUAACAAUGACAUUCAUGGUAGUCCCAAAUCCCUUUCACUCUCCCCAUCAAACUCACACCUCAUUUUUACUCAGCCUGAAGUCAAGGUAACGUUCGAACCUUCUGCAGAAAUGCGUGAAGCGGCCGAACGUGCUCUUGAUCGAGAUGCCAGGCGAAACGAUCUGCGUGAUCGAUUGAAGGAUUUGAAAGUAAAGGAAAUCAAAGCGGAAAGACCCAAGGGAAAGGAAGUGGUGAUGAUUGAUGCACUUCCAGUUCCUCGGUUGAUACAAAAGUCAAAACCUACCCAAACUUCUUCCAUCUCAUCUUCACUUUCGAAAACAGACAUACCCAACACGUCUACACCCGGUGCUCUGCAUUCCAAAAUUGGUUCGGGAGCCGGUACAGAAGCAACCAACUCGCGAGAUUUAUCAGGUGAAACCGGCAUGGGAAGCAGAACAAACAAUGGGGAUAAAGAUGGAAGUAAAGAAGGUAUUAAUUUAUCAACACCAUCAACAGGAUUUGGGAAUAUAAAACUUUCACUCUCACUCUCUCCUGCAGAACUAAUCACCACUCCAACCCCUUCGAAUAGACCUUCAACCAGAUCCGUUCAUCAUAAAGCACAUGAAAGAGCACCUAAGCUGACCUCUGCGUUUUCAGAGGAUAAUACGAGUGAUGUUGAAACAAAGGAUAAGGAAGGGUCUGUGGGGAUUAGUGAUAGUCCAAUUAGAAUGCCAGGAGGGGAUUUCUUCACUUUUAAUCCUCCGACAAAUGGACCACAGAUGAAAGAGGUUAAGACUCCUAAAGGGUUUUUCAGUUUAUCAGGUUUUGGCAAUACAUCUUGAUACCUAUCUUGAAGUUGAAAUGUAGAUCACAAAUCGUAUGGAUUGUACUGGUACAUUGCAUAUGAUAAUCGCAUUUGUCCCCACCUC